AUGGAUCUGUCUGACCUUAUAGGAUAUGCGAGUAGUCGACAACAACAACAACAACCGUCUACUACUGCGACAAAGGUAGUAGCUCCUACUAUUCCGACGACCACCGUCGUGUCACAACAGAAGACUACUACUACUACUACUCCUGUUGCCGUGACACCAUCAGAACAACCUGCUAAUUUACAACAACAACAAGUUAAUGGACAUAAUAAUAGCAAUGGUAGAGGUGGGAGAGGCGGACGAGGAGGAAGAGGACGAGGUGGAAGAGGAGGUCGAGGUGGAGGUGGAGGAAACCAAAGAAAUAAUAAUAAUAAUGAUAAUGGACAACAAUCUACUACUACCACCGCGAAUACUACUACUACUACGACAAAUAAUAAUAAUAAUAAUAACAAUAACAAUAACAAGAACCAACCAAAAAGAAAAAGAAAAGGGGAUGAAAGUGAGGAAGAAGAGGUUGAUAUUGAUGAAGACGGAAUCAACGAAAAGGAGGAAAUGAGACGAAUCAAAUUGUUUAAUCAACGACUCAAAGAAAUCAAGAUAAAGGAGACACCAGAGGAUAUCGAACGGUAUCUCGAAGAGAGACGAAAACGAUACCCAUCAAAAGAAAACAUUGACUUGAGAAAGAAAAUGGCAGAGGAAGCAAAACAAAGAGGUGAAAUGACUGAUCAUCAAGAUCCAAAACAUAAACAGAGAAAUAAUAAUCAAAAUAAUAAAAAUAAAAGAAAUAAUAAUAAUAAUAAUAAUAAUAAGAACAAUAAUAAUAAUAAUAGAAAUAACCAAAAUAAUAAAAAUAAUAAUAAUAAUAAUAAUAAUAAUAAUAAUAAUAAUAAUAAUAAUAAUAAUAAUAAUAAUAGUAGUAAACCAACUGGAAAUAAUAACUUGGAACAACCAUUAAAAAAAGUAAAAGUGGAAAAUGAAACUGUAACUGGAAAUGGUAUGGGAUCUGAUACUACUACUAUUGCAACAACAACAACAAAAACAACCGACUCAAAUGUAAAUAAUAAUAAUAAUAAUAAUAAUACCGAUAAUAUAGAUAAAAAUGGAAAUGGAAUUACUUCUGCACCUGUGGAGGGAGUAGAUUUAAUAGCCUCUACUACUACUACUACCACCACCGAACCUCUAAAAACAACAACAACAACAACAAGAAUGGAAAUUGAACAUGGGGAAGGACAAGUUGGAGAAGAUGGUGAUGGAGAUGAAAUACAAGAGGAACCAUCAACAAUGGAACAUUUUAAAGAGUCUACAAAUAUUGAUUUGGAAAAAGAACAACAAAUCAAAGAUCAAAUCCAAGUUCAAAAAAAUACUAUUUUACAACAACAAAUUAAUAACCAACAACAAUCUAUAGUUAAUAACAACAAUAACAACAACAAAAACAAAAAUAAUAAUAACAAUAGUAAUAAUAAUAAUAAUAGAAAAAAUAAUACUAACCAACAACAACAACAAAAUAAUCAAAAGAAAUUUUCCAACUCUCUUUAUGCAAAGUUGUUUGAAAGAGAAAUAUCUGCAGAAAGAAAUGUUGUACUUCAAAUUAUAAGACAUUUGGCCAAUACAAUUAGAGAAAAAGAUCUUCAAAUGGAAGAGGAUGACUCUAAUUCUUCCUCUUCCUCUGACUCUAACUCUGAUUCCGAUUCUACUAAUUCUUCUUCACAAGAUAGCAGCAGCUGCAGUGAUAGUGAAGAGGAAAUAUCAAAAGUUGAACCUAUAACAAAUACAACUACAACUACAACUAUAGAAUCAAUUAAACAAGAGUGA